GGCCCGGGCGGCGGGGCGGGCUCAGCGGCGCUGUGCCUGCGCCUGGGAAGGGAGCAGCGGCGCUACUCGCUGUGGGACUGCCUCUGGAUCUUGGCCGCCGUGGCCGUGUACUUCGCGGACGUGGGAACUGACAUCUGGCUCGCCGUGGACUACUACCUGCGCGGCCAGCGCUGGUGGUUUGGGCUCACGCUCUUUUUCGUGGUGCUGGGCUCGCUCUCUGUGCAAGUGUUCAGCUUCCGCUGGUUUGUGCACGAUUUCAGCACCGAGGACAGCGCCACGGCCAUGGCCUCCAGCUGCCAGCAGCCCGGACCGGAUUGCAAGACAGUGGUCAGCGGUGGGUCUGCAGUUGGGGAAGGCGAGGCUCGCCCUUCUACGCCGCAGAGGCAAGCAUCCAACGCCAGCAAGAGCAACAUCGCCGCCACCAACAGUGGCAGCAUCAGCAACGAGGCCACCCGGACCAGCAGCAAACACAGGUCUGCGUCCUGUUCCUUCUGCAUCUGGCUUCUGCAGUCCCUCAUCCACAUCUUGCAGCUCGGGCAAGUCUGGAGGUAUUUGCACACGAUCUACUUGGGCAUUCGGAGUCGGCAGAGCGGGGAGAGCGGCCGGUGGCGGUUCUACUGGAGGAUGGUGUACGAGUACGCCGAUGUGAGCAUGCUGCACCUGCUGGCCACCUUUCUGGAGAGCGCUCCGCAGUUGGUCCUGCAGCUCUGCAUCAUCGUACAGACUCACAGCUUACAGGCCCUCCAAGGUUUCACAGCGGCAGCCUCCCUUGUAUCUUUGGCUUGGGCCCUAGCCUCCUACCAGAAGGCUCUCCGGGACUCCCGAGACGACAAAAAGCCCAUCAGCUACAUGGCCGUCAUCAUCCAGUUCUGCUGGCACUUUUUCACCAUCGCAGCCAGGGUCAUCACGUUCGCCCUCUUCGCCUCAGUGUUCCAGCUCUACUUCGGGAUCUUCAUCGUGCUCCACUGGUGCAUCAUGACCUUCUGGAUCGUCCACUGUGAGACGGAGUUCUGCAUCACCAAAUGGGAAGAGAUUGUGUUUGACAUGGUAGUGGGCAUCAUCUACAUCUUCAGUUGGUUCAAUGUCAAGGAAGGCAGGACACGCUGCAGGCUGUUCAUUUACUAUUUUGUAAUCCUUUUGGAAAACACAGCCUUGAGUGCCCUCUGGUACCUCUACAAAGCUCCCCAGAUUGCGGACGCCUUUGCCAUCCCGGCACUGUGCGUGGUUUUCAGCAGCUUUUUAACAGGCGUUGUUUUUAUGCUGAUGUACUAUGCCUUCUUCCACCCCAACGGGCCCAGAUUUGGGCAGUCACCAAGUUGUGCUUGUGACGACCCUGCUACUGCCUUCUCUCUGCCUCCAGAAGUGGCCACAAGCACACUACGGUCCAUCUCCAACAACCGCAGUGUUGCUGGCGACCGUGACCAGAAGUUUUCAGAGCGGGAUGGAUGCGUCCCUGUGUUUCAGGUGAGACCAACCGCACCGCCCACCCCGUCAUCUCGACCGCCACGGAUUGAAGAAUCAGUCAUUAAAAUUGACCUGUUCAGGAAUAGGUACCCGGCGUGGGAGAGACACGUGUUGGACCGGAGCCUGAGAAAGGCCAUUUUAGCAUUUGAAUGUUCCCCAUCUCCUCCAAGGCUGCAGUACAAGGACGAUGCCCUUAUUCAGGAGAGGCUGGAGUAUGAAACCACUUUAUAAAACAGAAGAAGCCACAAGGUCCCCAAGAAGAGAUGACAGCAGGGCUGUGGCAAUAGUGACCCUUCAUCAAAGAGUAGGGCAACGAGCUAUGUGUUCUUAGUCCAAACAUUGUCAUGGUAUGGUUUGAUCUUCCAUUAGCUGACUGCCUGUGGCUGGUGUCCCAUUCAAGCGGGCAGUGCUGAGAGUCUCUUACUCCACCUAAAGGGGCAAUGCCAGCCUAAUAUGACUGUUGUUACCAAAUUCCUCCAGCACAGGCUUGGAGCACAUUCACCAGAGGGUACCAUUAUUAUGAAAAACAUGUUGCCUCUAAUCAUUAAGGUAUUUUGAUGGAGUUUACUGAUGUUUGCAUAAAUAUGUUCAUACGUAUACACACACACACACACCUCCACCACCACCACCAUCACCACUAUGACCAC